GUCAACAUGUUCGUAUAUCUAGGUGACCAACUUUUUUGUCGCUACGAAGUUGAGAGCUGAAAUUAAUUAGCUCUGAAAAAUGAUGGUCUUAUUGGAUUGAUUGAAUGUCCGUGCAUUGAUCACGGUUACUCCAGUCCGGAAAAGGGUCAUACUUUAUCUCGGCUAAGGGCCGGCAGCAGUAUGUGGGGCACGGAUAUUGCCCCUGCAGCAUACACCUUCUGCCUUACUAUUUCAGAGAUAUUAGUUCUGCCUUGAUGAGAACCACGUCCCAGGUUCAAAGACAGAAAUCAUGGAGAAAGUUUUCGCCAAGAUAGCACAAGAUACCACCAAGUUCGAUCUUGGAGAUGAAGAAGGCUGGAGAAAGCUGUAUGAACCUUUAUAUCCCAAAGCACCGGACAAUGUCGGAAUAGUGAAGGACGAGCAGUACGGACCGGCCGAGCGUAACCGAUUGGAUGUUUAUUUUCCUGCCGAGGAAAAGCCGGGAGGACAUCCUGUUGUACUCUUCGUUCACGGAGGGGGCUUUUUCUCUGGAGACAAAGGAUGGAGUGAAAAGUGCUGGGCGAAUGUGGGAUUCUACUUUGCGCAGCGUGGAUUCGUCACGGUUCUCGCAAACCAUCGACUCGUCCCGCACGUUGUCUACCCUGGAGGGGCCGAUGAUAUGCAGCUUGCUCGGGAAUGGAUCUUUGAAAAUAUUGCAAAGCAAAAGUACGGCAGAGGAUCACCGGACAAGGUCAUCCUUUUGGGUCACUCGUCCGGUGGGGCACAUAUCGCCAUGAACCUCUACGCCGCAGGGGAUCCAAAGCGAGUAUCGAAAGACCCACUUUUCCCCCCUGUCGCGGGUGUUAUCUACCUAAGUGUACCAUUCUGGUUUGAUCGGAGAAAGCCUGUGCGACAGAGGGUCAUUAGCCACUAUUAUGGAUCGGAUGCUGAGGAGGUCUGGGGUCCUGUUUCUGCCCUAGGACUCUUCAGAAAUCUCCCAGACGACUCUCCAUUGUUGGAUUCUGAGCAUUUGCCGGUCUACAUCGGAAGUGUCAAGUGGGAGGUAAAAGAAACAGCUGAUGCCACUGUGGCUUUUUUCAAUGCCUAUCGUGAACGGAGUAAACCUCCAGGAUCGCUACCAGUGUUCCAUGUACAGGACAGACAUAAUCAUGUCAGCAACGUCCUAUCCAUUGGAACUGAAGAUUCUGCACAGGCGGAAAGACUAUUGGACUUCAUGCAAACUUGUGUGGCAAAAGUCAACCAAAGAAUUCAGCGUACGCUUUCUGUGAAUAGCUAG